GGGUGGUGCCCGAGGGUGCUAGAAGGUGAAAAGUGAAACGUAGUGUAGCGAAGUGUUCUCAAAUAGCUUAUUCUAUGGACAGCAUCAGUGUUAAAGAAAGAAGCAAAUACUGAACGGGAAACGGAUUUUAGUGUAACCACCACCCUAUCUGAUCAACGCAAGCACCAGGCCAUCGGACCGGACGAAUGAUGGCGGACGAAGGAGGGCAAACGGAGUUGAUGAUGCCGCAGGCAGCGGGCGGUGUGGCAAGCAUAGCCGAAGCGUAUGCCGGCCGGUCGAUUUUCAUUACCGGCGCAACCGGUUUCAUGGGGAAGAUCAUGGUUGAGAAGCUAUUACGUGACUGUGCGGACAUCGGCCGGCUGUAUCUGCUGAUACGCGCCAAGAAGGGCAUCGAGCCGAGCCAGCGCAAGGAGGAGUACAUCCGGAACAUUGUGUUUGAUCACGUGCGCGAGAAGCACGACGAUCGGCUUUCGCGGAUUCAUCUAAUCCGCGGUGACAUACUGAGCGAGGGCCUCGGCCUAAGCGAAGCGGAUCACCGCGAGCUGAUCGACAAUGUGGAGAUGGUGUUCCAUUGUGCGGCGAACGUGCGCUUCGAUCAGCACAUCCGUCAAGCGGUCGAUAUCAAUCUGAACGGCACGAUACGGGUGUUGAAGCUGGCGGAACAGAUGCGCAAGCUGGUCUCGUUCGUCCAUGUCUCUACUUCCUACUGCCAAUGUAAUGAGGCCGUGCUGGAGGAGAAAUACUAUCCGGCACCACAGAACCCGGAAGGAAUUUCGCACAUGGUGCGUCUGCUUGAUGAUAACGUUCUGGACCUGAUCACACCGAGGCUGCUCAACAAUCUACCGAACACGUACGCCUACACGAAAGCCCUGACGGAGGAUAUGGUGUAUCAGUAUCGGGGAAAACUACCGCUGGCCAUAGCCCGUCCAUCGAUAGUAACGGCCGCGAUGCGCGAACCGUUACCGGGCUGGGGUGAAGGUACGAACGGACCGACCGGACUGUUGAUCGGUGCUGGCCGUGGUGUGAUCCGCAGUAUGCACUGUAAGCCGUCAUACCUGGCCGAUUUAAUGCCGGUGGACUUAACGAUGAAUGCGAUAAUCGCUGUCGGCAAGGAGCGGAUGAGUAACCCAAAGAAAGACGACGUCAUGUACUACAAUCUCACCUCCUCUGCCGACAAUCCGAUCAACUGGGGAGAGGUGCUGGAAACCGGGCGCAAGGUGCUGUACGAGAAUCCGUUCUGUUUCGCUCUCUGGUAUCCGGAUGGUUCAAUCAAAUCCAACUACUUCUACCACUGGCUGUGCGUAAUAUUCUUCCACUACCUGCCCGCCUAUCUGAUCGAUUUCCUGAUGAUUGUCCUCCGCCGUAAACCUUUCCUCGUAAAGGUACAGAAGCGAAUAUCGGGCGGACUGACGAUACUGCAGUACUACACGACCAAACAGUGGAUCUUCCAAAAUAACAAUUUCAAAUCCCUGUACCAACGGCUUUCGGAGGAUGAUCGGAAACGGUUCUACUGCGAUGUGACCGAGAUCAACUACCAGACCUAUUUGCACGAUUUCAUACUCGGUGCACGGCAGUACAUCGUGAACGAGGCACCGGAAACGUUGCCGAAGGCACGGAAACUAUUGAGCAAGCUUUACAUCAUGGACAAAAUCGUACAGAUCGGUCUGUAUCUGCUGGGGCUGUGGUUCGUUCGGACGUACUUUGAAGUCGUUACCGGAUCGAUUCAGUUUGUGUUUGAUUCCGUUAUCGAUCGUUUGCGGGCUAGCAUGUACGCGCAUGAUACGACCACCGGUAGCAGUCGAGUUGGCUUGUGAUUACGGCCCAGCAAGCAUUCGCACAUCGAGUUGGAAAACGUGCGUUCGAACCAAAAGGAGUGACGAUCGUUAGAUGUACCUUUUUGUUUAGCUCGUGAAUCAAACCGGCACGGUGCACAUACCUUACAUAAAUAGUAUGGCACAUGUAGCUACCCUUUUUUGCUUUCAUCUCUCAGGCAAGGGCCUUGUAGAGCGGCACGAUCUAGGGCCAGAAUCCGAAGCACACCAGGCUACGCUAUCCUUCAUAUCGCUUACCCUAGCCAGCAGCUGGGUAGCGUUCGGUGGCAAUAUACUCAAUUUUCCUUUCGUUAACCUUAAGCUAUGCACCCGUAUUGUGUUAAAAUUUAUAGUCAAUAAACGUUUUUCGCAUUGAAGUUGAGCAAAUGUGGUAAAUGCUGUUGGCAAUAACGUACCGGUUACCUGAAGUCGCCAUUAGUCCGAUAAAAAACCUUACUUUGUCCUCAUGAAACCAUCGGAAACAGUCGAUAACUGUACUUUUAGCAUUGAAACACUUUUCAGAACAUAAAUGAUGCGAGAAAAAUCGAUAUCAAGUUUUUUUUAACAGUUUAUUUUUCAUUGUUAUUCAACUGGAAGUGGAUUAUUACAACCUUACCAGUUGGAACGCAACACACGCUUGCGGACAGUUAAAGCAGAACAAACAGCGAUAACGCAACAUUCAGAUUUUUUGUGCUUCAAUUUGCCAAUUUAUUCAGACACUCAAAGUGUGUUCGUUUUGUUGGGUAAACGUUUUCCUCUUUCUAUUCCUCCCUAUCUUAUCUGCAACGUUAUUUGAAUCACACAAACAGAAAAGGUAGCAACAA